AUGGCUUCAUAUGGCCUCUGCUUUCGAGCAAACAUAUCCAGCCUGGCAUCAUCAACACGUACAACUGUACUGGACCUGUCAUACAUUGUCACCACAAACUUCUCCAGGACCUCCAGAUCAUCAUCAUCUACUGUUGGUGGGUACUGGCUGAGCUUGGCAAAGACAUCAGAAGCUUCAGCAUACACGUCCCAGGUUUGCCAUGCAGACUUCUUCCCUUUGCUGCGGAAGCCUGAUACAACAUCGCAACCAGUGAAGGCAUGGAAGAAGAGUAUUCCUUUGCUCUUCUCCAGUCCUAAAGAGAGAGCUGUGGAGAAGGCUCCAGAUGCAUGUCCUUCUGAAGAUCCUCAGGCUUUCCUACAGCUUGAGAGUGAACAUCUGAACCCGCUUCACCUGCAGUACUUCAGCCACUGGUUACUGCUCUGUAGCUUGGAGGCACUCACCAUGGUGAACAAGGGAAGCUGUCGGAACAUCUGGCUCCAGUCUGCUGAGGAGAGAGAGAAGAAUGGUGGCUGUGUUGGGAACAUGGUAUUGGCAGGCAGCGUGACUGCUCUCUGUGGUGGUGUGUAUGUGCACCACUUUAAGCGCAGACAAGGAGAACUUGCACUAAUCACACUGAUAGUCGGGGACAGGGUGGUGGUCAGUGACCAGGACUCCAGGUUCAUUGGUCUAGCCACUGGAUACAUCACUGAGAUCACAAACACAGGAGUGACAUGUUAUUUGCAGAAGAAUCUCUCAAAGAAUUCCGCUGAUAUGGUAUUCCGGCUGGAUCAGGAUGAGGGCGCUGGGGGCCUGAGCACUCAUCUUGGAAACCUCUCCAUGCUGAUGGAGAACUCGCUGAACAGUGAAAGGCUGAGACAGCUCAUUGUGGAGUUUAAGCCUCCUCAAUUCAUCGAUAACCUCAGCAGUGUGUUGCCCCGAGAGGCCAAGGACACCGUAGCCAACAUUCUGAAAGGUCUCAACAAACCUCAAAAGCAGGCCAUGAAAAAGGUACUGUUGUCCAAAGACUACACACUUAUUGUUGGAAUGCCUGGUACUGGGAAAACUACUACCAUUUGUACUCUGGUGCGUAUUCUGCACGCCUGUGGCUUUUCUGUGCUCCUGACCAGCUACACGCAUUCUGCAGUAGACAACAUUUUGCUGAAGCUGAAGAAAUUUAAAGUUGGCUUCCUGCGCCUGGGCCGAACUCAUAAAGUGCACCGUGACAUCUUGCCCUUCACUGAGGAGCAGACUCGGACCAGGGAAAUCAACACUCUUGACCAGCUGGAGGAUCUCUAUAAUAAAGAGCUUGUUGUAGCCACUACAUGUAUGGGUGUGAACCACCCGAUCUUCAGCCGACAGCGCUUCGAUUUCUGUAUUGUGGAUGAGGCGUCUCAGAUAAGCCAGCCUGUGUGCUUGGGACCACUCUUCUAUGCUCAGCGGUUUGUUCUUGUAGGAGAUCACCAACAGCUGCCUCCCAUUGUCCAAAAUGCUGAGGCCAGGGCUUUGGGCAUGGAUGAGAGCUUGUUCAAGCGUCUCGAGCAUCACAGUCAGGCUGUUGUUCAGCUAAAUGUCCAGUACAGGAUGAACAGGAUGAUUAUGUCCCUGAGCAAUGCUCUGAUGUAUGAGGGCAGGCUGGAGUGUGGCUCGGAGCGGACUGCCAAUGCUCAGCUGCAGCUGCCCUGCAUGGCCGCACUAGAGAGUGAGCUGUGUGUGUGUCAGCCUCAGUACACUGCCUGGGUCCACGCUGCGCUCGAUCCUCAAAAAUCCGUCUGCUUUCUGGACACAUCACAGGUUCCAGCCCUAGAGACGGUGGAGAAGGGUGGAGUCAGUAAUCACACAGAGGCCAUCUUGGUGCAUGCUCUCAUUAGCCUGCUGCUUAAGGCCGGCUGCAGGGCGAGUGACAUUGGGGUCAUCGCUCCAUACCGGCAACAACUCAAGGCCAUCACCGCUCUGCUGGAAGAAGAAUCCUUCAGAGCCGUGGAGGUGAACACUGUGGACAAGUAUCAGGGUCGGGACAAGAGCGUCAUCAUUGUGUCCUUUGUCAGGAGUCACACAGAGGGCAACUGUGGGAGAGCUGCUGAAAGACUGGCGAAGGCUGAAUGUGGCCAUCACCAGAGCCAAACAUAAGCUGCUGAUGCUGGGCUCAGCUCCUGCGCUGCGCCUGUACACUCCACUGGAGAAACUUCUCACUCACAUGCAGCAAGAGAACAUGAUAUCCUUUAUUCUGAUCAGAACGUGAUAUCCUUGGCUCUGCGCUCGUUCUAGUCAUUUUAGAACAACGGUUUUUCCAACGCGGUAAACUUUUGCUGUGUUUGGUGAUGAAUAAAAUUCAAUUAAAUUACAGCAAGAAUAAUUUUCCCUGCUUCUUUAAGGCUCCUGUAGAGUUUAAGUCCAAUUUGAAUAUAAUUGAGUUAAUCAGGGUUGUCUUUACCAUGUACUAGAAGGUACUGUGUGUAUUACAGCUGAAAUUGAGAGGCCAAUUACCAUUCACUUUCAUGUAGGCUAACUGUUGGUCAAGUAACCAUUUUUCAAGUGGCCCUUUUUUAAAAAAAAACAAAAACAAAACAAUUGUUCUGGAAUGGUUUAAUUGAAAUGACAAACCUUCCUCUUCUCUCCAGCCGAUGCCACCACUUGUUGACAUCUGCCUAAGGUGGGAGCGAAUUUCUAGCCCAGGAAAAAAGUAAACAGAAUCCGUAAAUGAAGAAACUAGUGUGAUCGGCUGCGUAUGUUAUUGUGUGUCACACGAAUAUGGUGUCUGUUUUGAAAUUGCAUGUUUAUUGUAGGCCAAGAAGCACAUUUAAACAGGUCUUAAAAGCUUACUGAAUACCUUGUUCUCCUUAACUUGAACUACAGCUGCCCGCUGCUGCUCAUGAGGCACUACCUUGCAUCAAAAUGUGACAUUUAGUGGACUCGCACUGCAGCUUCUUAGCACCAACUCCCAUUGAGUUAAAGAUCCCUAAAGACAGAGUUUCUCUGAGCCUGAAUGAGAGUUUGGACUGCUAAAUAGAUGCUACAUUAUAAUACCUCAUGGUUAAUAACUGACUUUUUUUUAAACCCCAGUUUUUGUGUUUUCAUAUGCUUUUAUUAAGAGGAUUUUUUUUAACAGAUAUUCAAAGUAUUUU